AUGAGCGAGGGCGUUAAAAAGACUCCGUACCAGGGGAAGAGCAGGUGCUUUGGGGAAUACCAGUGUUCCCAGUGCAACCGCAAAUGGAUGAGCGCCAACUCCUGGGCAAAUAUGGGACAGGAGUGCACCAGCUGUAAGAUUAUGGUCUACCCUCACAAACAGCGUCCUCUGGAGAAGCCGGACGGACUGGACGACCACUUGGACCCAAACAAAGCCCACCUCCAGCAUCUGUGCGAGAAAUGCAAGCGACUGGGCCGCUGCUGCAGACCGCGUUACAGAUGA